UCGGUUUUGGGGCUCGCGCGUGUUGCAAUCUGAUUCUAACGAGGUAUGAAGGGGUUACCAUCGGAAGGUUUCGGUGUGCCUGUGCUGCUUGAUAUGGCCUAGAAUGGCAGACGCUCCUGCCAUGGCCGCAGGACCUCAAGCGCGUAGCGUUUCGCUGUACGCAAAAGUGAGGAAACCCUCUUGGUUGCAUCUGCGAUGCGCCUGCCCCCUUCGAGUCCCGAUCGAGCCAUGUGUAGAGAGAGCAUCGUCCCAUCCUAGUGACGGCCGUGACUGUCCGUGGGCGGAGCGUAUCGGCCGGUACAGACUGUAGACUCAACUCUACGAUGGAGCGUAGAGAGACAACAGGAUGUCACAGACCGUUGGAGGUCUCAUCUCUCAACUCUCAAGUCGGAUUGGUGGAUGUGGUACAGAGUGGUGUUGUCGCUGUAUUACCCGCGUACUGCGUAUCUGCACCUCGUGUAAACGACGUCCAUAAGAAAUUAUCGCCAGGUCUAGUUCUCUACGGUAGAGAGUCAGGAAAAUCAGAUCAGCAAGCGGGAAACGGAGGAGUGAACUUGACCGAUCCCGACCUCCUGAGGCGUCGGACAGCGGCGUUCUCGACGGUGGGCGGACAGCUGUCGCGCGGGAAACAUGUGGAAUCCGGGAUUAAGCGAUGUGGGAAAUUUGAGAUUUCUUCCGUAAGCAAUUUACCAGAGGGAGGGAAAAGCAAAGGAAAAUUUCAUGACGACAGUGGGGUUGAGUAUCCAGGAACGUCGCUCGCCAAGUGGGACACAGGAAAGAAUAUUCACAGAAAAAAGAAGUCAACAGCUCAAAGGAGAGAAGUGGGUACCGGAGUACCUUCCCAAGGCUCGCCCGAGGCAGGACGGAGGUACCGGUACUUCCAGAAAGUACUUCGUUCCUUCGACACCGAGCGAUCCGAGUACUCCUGCCCCAAAGCUCGGGAAAGCCAUGCCCACCCAGCCUCACAAUUCAGUCAUUUUACUUCCAGUUUCCUCACCCUCGGCCGACUUUUUCCAGAGGCUGGAAAUUCUCGAGCUUGCCCAGAUUUGCUCCAUUCGCUUUCCGCUCGGUUUCGCUGGUCCCUCUUCCUCCCCUGGUUGUUUAACCUCGCGGCGGACAAGGCCACGCGGGCCUCGUUUGGCUGCGCUUGUUUGUGCACUUGAGUCCUCGGGGGCGCUAAUAAUAAUAGAGAGCGAGUCGUCGUCACCUCGAUCCCCAAUCAUUUCGCAUUUGGCCUGGUUGGCUCCCUCUGGGCUCUGCCUCUGGCAGCUCUGCGUCCCUAUCACCCCUGCCUGCGGGUGACGAUUGCGUAUGUACUACGCAGUAGUGCUAGGCG